CACGAGAAAGAAGGAAAAGAGUUAAAGAAAAAUGGGAGAUCUUAGGCUAGUGGAGCAGAUGGAGGCGCUGAGUAACCUUGGGUUACCAACCUGGGGGUCCGAGAAAAUAAUGCCGGAGGAAUUCCCACAGUAUACUAAAGAUCCUGGUUUCUUUGAGUCCUUUGAAGCUGCGUUGUACUGGAUGCCUGAAGAAAAGGUCGUGGAAGUGUUUAAAUCGGCCACGGCCAACCCAAGGUGUGUGGACAACAACAAGAUCUAUGGAGAUACGGAAGGGCUUGACUUCGAUUUCAAAGAAUACUUUUCAAGGAUUCCUGAAGCCGACGACUGGUUUAGGCUUAAAGAAAUGGAACCUGAUGCUCUGCCAAUUGCUUCCAGAACCUCAGGAGAGGUCAACAUGAAUUCUUACACUCUGGUUGAAAAUAUGAUGAAUGUGGAUAAGUGGAAAAGUCUCUUCUCAUCAAUUGUGGUUGAUGCUUCAAUGGUCUCAGCUGUGGCUCCCAAUGUUAAAGACAUUAGAGACUUUGCAGAAGUAGAGAUCAAGGCCGAGAUUCAGGCCCUCUGUCCUUGGUGUGUCCGAGAUAGUCUUCACUCCGUCGGACAAUGUUGAAGGGGCAUCAAAGGUCAUUUGGAUUGACAUACAUAUGAUCCGCCUUAGUGAAGUCCACCCCUCCUACUUCAAAUUCGUGCAGGCUGGUGGAGGAUUCGGCUCUCUCCGUUGGUUUCGCGCACUCCGCGACAAGCUAACCAUGCGCGAUACCUCUCAACCAUCUCUUCUCUUUCUCAUGAAGAAGGGAUGACAACAAGUCCUGAACUCCUCUUGAUGCUGGCUAGAAGGAUGUGUGCAUGCUUCUUCUCAUCACUUGCAUCUGCAACACCGAAGUCUCUAUGCUUCUACUCUUUGCUUGCCCCCUGCAUUGGCUCCAAAUACCCAAAGUCUCUCCCAACAUCAAGUUAUCCACUCUUUGUUGACACCAAGUCCAGUACCUACUAGACUGCUUCCAAAGCUGUUAUUUUUGAUGUGCCUGCUUGCAAGCUCUUUGAAGUGGUGAAGUCUUUGGAUCCUUUCAUUGGUGAGCAACUGAUGCAGAUUCCCACUGAAGAAGAGACUCAUUGCAUCUCUCUCCACAGAAACACAAAUACUAGCCAAGCGUUUGUCAGGGAGGUUUAUUUUGAUGAAUAUGAAGGCCUUGUGGUGACAGGAUCCGUUUCCUCUGUGGAUUCACUUUCAGCUUCCUCCGUCAUCACCUCUCUGGUUGGAUAUGUUAUAAGCUACAUGGCUCCACGCUCCUCCUCUUUGACCGUCACUUGUGUGCAAGUUCCUUCUGGGAAUGAACCUGAUUGGAGGCAAGAUGUCUGUGUGGAGAUCGAUGCCAUCACUUUGAAGAUCAAGGAGUCGGUCCUUGUCUGAUAACUCUCUCUCUAUCUCUAUCUCUUUUGUAAUAUUUUAACUCUCUCGAUCUCGUAAGUCGUAUCCCUAGAGUCUCUCGCUUGUUUGACUCUUUUGAGUAACUAUCUCUAUCUCGUAUCCCUUUGACUCUCGGUUGUUUGACUCUUUUGAGUAAACUAGUAACUAACUAUCUCUUAUCCCUCGA